GAUCGAUGUUCGCCGCGCGCCUGGUCCGCCGGACCGCCAGAGCCGCGCCCGUCGCCGCAGCCGCCGUCGUCGCCAUGGCCGGACGUCUGACCCGCAGGUGAAGUGAGCGGACGGCGGGUCAGCCCGCCAUGCGUCCAGAAUGACCAUCUCUGCCGAGCACAGUCGCCUGUCGGACGAUGAAGCCGAUGAGCAGGAGCUCGAGGAGGUGCCGCCCAAGCUCACACUCGCCGAGAAACUCAAGAAAAAGUACGAGGAAAACCUGCCCAAGCUGGACUUUUACGCCACGGUGCUGUUCAGUCUGGUGGCGAUUGGCGCCUUCUUCGGCUUCCUGUUCCUGGUGCCGUUCGUGAUCGAGCCGGCCGUGACCACCAUACAGAUGGACUUUGAGGUAGAGCCCGUCACCUGCUGUGUGGUCUCGUUCACCGAGAUGUUCGGCGCCAGCAACUGCUCCGACUGGACGUCGUGUCGCGAGGGCUGCACGAGAGAGAUCUACGAGUGUGUGAAGAUCCUCGUGGCAUACACAGACGCUGAGAACUUCACGUGCAGCGAGCGGCCGCCGGGUCACCAGUGGUUACACAACGAGGCGUACCUCUAUCCGAACGUGAAGGGGUGCGGCUACCCGCCGACCCUGAACUGCACCAUAUUCCACGACCGGUUCCGUGAUCCGAACGUGACGUUUCCGUGCUACUACAGCCGCGUAGACGCCACGCUCGUCAUCACCGAGCUGGACCCGGAGGAGAUCGAGCACCAGCUGAUGCUGUCGAUCGUGGCGCCGGCGGUGGCGUUCGUGGUGUCGAUCACCUACCUCGUGCACGCUUACCACCGCAUGAAGCGGAAGGAGGCGGCCGCCGCCGAGCGCGACCGCCAGGAGAAGGCCCAGUGUCUGCUGGAGAGGGAGGAGGAGCAGGUGGCCACGCGCAGCAACGCCACCAGCACCUACUCCAUCAAGUCCAUCUCCAGCAAGAUCAAUGCGACGAUGGUGAGGCUGGCCCGGGAGCGGCGCAAGGAGAGCGGUGACGACGAGGCCAUGGAGCUGGAGCAGGUUGUUCCGGAGGCGCGUCCGCCCAGCCGCUAUCUGAAGCCGGGCAGGAUGCCCAGCGGCAACCGGCACAACCUGCUGGAGCCGCUGGAGCCGCCUGCCGGAGCGUCGGACCAGCCGGCGCCGCAGCCGGAAAGCGGAAAAAGCGGAAUGUCACCAGUAGAAACGUAGAAUUUUCAUUUAUCUGCAGGACAUACCGACCAGUAUUGCUUCCAUGGCGUGACGGUAGCGACUGCGACGGCCCGUCACGGCGACUGUGACGGCCCGUCACGGCCCAGGCGUCACAUCACCGUCCUACUGCUGGGGUCACUCCGCCAUUGCCUCAGUGACGUCAUCAGUCCGACUUCAGUGACGUCAACACGGGUCGGAUUCGCCGCCGCCUAGAGCCGCGCUAGUUUUUAAAGGGAGUGGACGAUUAUUGUGUGACCUGGGUCACGCAUCUGGUGAUUGCCGGCGUGCGGCGACCCACAGCAGUGCUCAUCAACGCUUUUAUAAUGUUAGUGCAUGUCUUGGUGGCGAGGCGUCAUGUCAUUGUGGUGGGAUAUUUGUCGAGGUACGGUCAUGUGGCAGGGUAGGUGGGACUGCUGUCGUUUGACCCAACGCUGUCGUCCGGAGCUAACGGCUGAGACGCGCGUUGGAGGCAAAGGCUGCAGGCCUACCGCUGCCCUGGAUACUGGACAGGGACAUUUGGACACUUCCGGUGGCAGCGCUGGCUGAAAGUGAGGACUGCAGCUCUGGUGAUUUCGCUCGGCAAUAAGAAAAUGAUCUGCGUGUCUGCGGUAGCCGGUGGCUGGGGCUACGCUGACACCUGCGAAUGUGGUGAUGCCUUCAGUGAUGGUGUGUCCUGCGCUGUGGGCCGGCUUUAAUUGCGCUCAGUGCUGAUUUAUUGAAUCGCGGUAGUUACCACGGUGAUACUUUAGCUAAGUUCAUGGCGUUGUCACUUUUGUCAGAACUAUACCUAUACCUGCGUUGUCUGUUGCGUUCGUUGACGAGCGAUUGUGUGGGUAGUCUCAACUUGCGACUACCCACACAAUUGCUCGUACAUUGUUAACUAAUACUUUAUCAUCCGACAGGAUAAGUGUCCCACAGAUCAUCCGAUGCGACUCACUUCACCGCGGUUUAGCUGAUGCUUGCUCGGAAGCGCGUGUCUCUUGUGUGUGUUUUGCUGGUUGCAACUUGAAACCCGAGGCGCUGCUUCCCAAAACGAUUUAUCUUGUUGAAUAGGUAGAAAAGAGAAUUAUGUAUAUUGAACUUCAGCAAUUUUAACUGACAGGGAUGCUGGUAGGUGUAUGAAGGUAAGACAGAUCUUUGUCAUAUCGCGGCUCCAGUUAAAGGGACCCUCCCAUCUUAACAUUAGAUUUGAGUUGAGAUAGCCAAAAUGGGGUCCCUGGCUCACAAUUACCGGUUUCGGCACUCACAACAUCGAGAAAUGCCUUAAAUCGGAAAUAUUGAAUUUCAAAAUUGCAGCAUUUUGAUUCAGAGGGGCUAAUGCUUAGGAAUACCCCUCUGAAUGUGUGACGUCAGCGCAAAUAUCUAACGAUUUUUAAAUGUUUGACUAAAACGUUUUGUAGCACGCGGGGUAUAUGCUAUUUGCGCGCAACAUCUGCCGCAAACGCCGCACUUCUAAAAUAAAGUCGCUAGAAACAGCGGAGAUCCCAAAAAAGUAAACAAAAGUAAAAGUCUAAUAUCUUGAAAACCGGUGAAUAUUUUUCGGUGAAAUUUGGUAGAUAUUCGUUUUCGCUCUUUCUGAACCAAGCGACAUCACUUUCAUGCCAAUUCAUAAACUUUUUUGAAGGUGGGAGGGUCCCUUUAAAUAUGAAACCGCAUCCCAAUAGGUGUCGAAUGAUGGGAUUUGGGAAGAUCCGUUAGCACUAUUGUUGUUGAGCGUAUGUUUCUGCGUCGUUGUUUUAAUUUCGGAUGCUAGUCAGCCCGACCGGUUUCAAACUUCUCCAACUUAUUUAAAGUUUUGACACGAUAAUUUGUACGAUUUACAGCUCUUGGAAGGCUUUUCCAUACCUAAUGUUAGUUGGAACUCCUUUGAGCUGGUAGCCAGCAGGGUGCAGUCGCAUGCAAAAGGGGCAGUCGCUGGAUCGAGAAGUUUAUAAAGGAAGCAAUUGAAUUAUGUAAUGUUCUAUGAAGUUUUAGCUUACAAUGCACUCGUUGGAGUUAUUAAUUUACCUCAGUUGAUGUUAUUUUUAGUUUUACUAUGCUACAUUUAUUUUUCAGCAUUGCUUGUAUUGUUAACCUUCUUGAUUUUGAGUAAUCCACUACAAUUCCAUUGAUUAUGUUAAGUGUAGCUAGCGAUACAGUUGGAAGUCGACUGGUUUCCCGACUUGUUGCACUGGUGACCAGCGAAGUGGGGUUAUUCCAUAAUUUUUUUGGUAAAGCCGCGUAUGACAGAUCGUGUCACCCUCGCUGAGCAACCGCUGCUAUUCCGGCGCUCACCCCAGACGCGAACCGUCUGACUGACGCGAGCAGUCCCUGCUCUGGGACCGCCUCGGCAGUGCCCGACCGUACAAAGGAACGGGCGCAGCGCGCGCUGGGGUAGGGUCCCCUCAGCGGCCCGCGGGCCGGCCGGCGCGCCUCGGCGAACUGCCUGUGAUACCGGACGUUGUAGAGUGCGCACGUGCGUCUCCAAUGAUUGGCUCGAUCGCUGUCCUCGGCACGGCGCCGCACUCGCGCGCACCGCCGCGCCGUGCUGACCGCUCACAACUCGCUGUUCUCGCGCUCGUAUACUCCGACUCUGUGCUCUCUACUGACCCUGUUCUGUGCUCUCCGUGCUCUGUGCUCUUUUCUUA